CUUGUGACUGUGCAAGUCGAAUUAAUAAUAAAAAUAUAUAUAUACAUAUAUCAGCAAUUGCGUAAUAAAAAUAAAUAUGAUGGUAAAGUUAUUGUUGUAUGUGUGCUAUCUCUUAUUUUUUGUAUUUUACGAUCUGGAUACUAUCUUCGAAGUUUUGAACGCAUUUAAACCCGAUAACUCAUAUAGUAUGAUUUCAUUCGCAGUUUUUUAAUGUCAUGAAUAUACUCUUCAAAGACUAGUAUAAUAAUAUUAAUUGUAUACCUGUUGUCAUUCCUAUAGCUAUACUAAUUGUACGACGCAACCAUUAUGGCUUUUCAUUUGAAAACACUGUGCAAACAUGGAAGAUCUUAUACAUUAAAAUCAAGAAUACUCUUGCAUCGUCCUGCUACAGCUUUCAGUAGCUAUUAUAAUGAGAAGGAACAAAGCUCGCAGAAUGAGAAUUCUAAUAAUGAUCCAUUCAGAAGGUAUGCUGCAACUGCAGCAGUUACUCUGUCUGCCUUAGGGCUCUACUUCUUUCAUGCUUUAGAUAUAGAGAAGGUAUAUGCAUUUGGAAAGCAUAAGAACGUGGAGUAUGGUGCACUGCGAGAAGAUUUAAAAACAUAUACAAUGGAGGAAAUUGGAAGACAUGAUAAUAAAAGGACAGGCAUAUGGAUCGUGUAUAAGCAUGGUGUCUAUGAUAUAACAGAUUUUGUGGAAAAGCAUCCUGGUGGAUCUGAUAAAAUUAUGAUGGCUGCUGGAGCUUCAAUAGAGCCAUUUUGGACAAUCUUUGCUAAUCACAAUAAGGAUGACAUUCUGAGUCUAUUGGAGUCAAUGAGGAUUGGGAAUAUUUCUGAAUCAGAUGCAAAAUCUCAUUCUGCUGAUGAUAAUGAUCCAUAUAGAAAUGAACCACAACGGCACAAGGCUCUAAAGAUCAAUGGACAAAAACCAUUUUGUGCAGAACCACCUGCAUCACUAUUAGUAGAAAGCUUUUACACGCCCGCGGAAUUAUUCUAUGUGAGACAUCAUUUGCCUGUUCCAGAAAUUGAUUUGAAAACAUACGAACUUGAACUUGCGGUGGAGGAAAAUACCCAAAAAGUACUGAAAUUAGAAGAUAUAAAAAAAUAUCCAAAGUACACGAUAACCAGUGCCGUUAUGUGCGCGGGCAAUCGCCGCUCUGAAAUGGCAAAGGCAAAACCUCUAAAAGGAUUAAGUUGGGGUGUUGGUGCUGUUGGAAACGCAUCAUGGUCUGGUGCUCGAUUAUGCGACGUACUUAAUGAUCUAGGUAUCAAAGAAGAUGACUACAAUCAUGUGCAGUUUGAAGGUCUGGACUUGGAUCCAUCUGGCACAUACUAUGGUGCAAGUAUUCCCAUAAGCAGAGCACUAGACCCAAGAGCUGAUGUUCUACUGGCAUAUGAAAUGAAUGGACAACCUAUUUCAAGGGAUCAUGGCUUCCCAAUACGAGCAAUAGUUCCUGGAGUUGUUGGUGCUAGAAAUGUUAAGUGGCUGGGUAAAGUCAUCAUAUCGAAGGAGGAGAGUCCAUCACAAUGGCAGCAAAGAGACUAUAAAGGUUUCUCACCAAGUACAGAUUGGAACAAUGUUGACUUCUCAAAAUCUCCAGCUAUACAGGAACUUCCUGUUAUUUCUGCUAUAUGCAGUCCGGAACCCAUGGACAAGGUACCAGUUAAGGAUAACAAAAUCUCUGUCAAAGGGUAUGCCUGGUCGGGUGGUGGGAAAAAAAUUAUUCGGAUUGACGUGACAGCGGAUGAAGGCAACACUUGGCACACUGCAAAUAUAGUGGCACAAGAUUCUGCAGCCAAGGAAGGUCGUCAUUGGGGUUGGACUAUUUGGAAUAUUGAAUUACCUGUGGAACCAAAAGUGAAACAUGCUGAGAUUUGGGUAAAAGCUGUAGAUUCGUCGUACAAUGUGCAACCAGAAAGUUUCAAAAAUAUUUGGAAUUUGAGAGGAUUUCUUUGUAACGCCUAUCACAGAUUGGAAGUUGAAUUAAUACAAUAAUUAUUAAAAUUAAGAUGAUUUUUAACUGAUAUUAAAGGAGGAAUAAAUAUGAAAUUAUAAAACUUUA